CGGUCCUGAGGCCCAGUUAGGGCCUCGAGAGGCCGAGAGCGAGGACAGGACUUCUUCUCACGUCUUCGAGACGCAAGAAGUCGGGGUUCCCACGAGUUGCCACCGAGCGGGGGACGCGCUCGCGGUCUCCGCGCUGGCCGCGCGGUGCGGGGACGAGAUCAGCAGCGUGCGGCAGGCGGCGCUGGAGGCGCUGGGGCAGGUGUGCAGCAGGGGGUCGCAGCCCGCGCUCGCCGCGGCGCGGUCGUGCUUCGGGGACGGCUCGCCGGCGGUGAGGAGCGCGGCGGUGGACCUCGUGGGGAGGGUUGUGGAGGUGGCCGACGAGCAGUUCUUCGCCGACCUCGGGGAGCACCUCCAGCACGACAGCGCCCUCGUGAGGCAGGCAGCCGUGCGGUGCGUGUCCAAGGUCGCCAGGCGCGGCAACGAGGCAGCCGCCGCCGUCCUCGGCGUGCUGUGCAGGGAUCGCGACCAGCUGGUCAGGAAAGCGGCUGUGGAGGUGCUGGGACAAGUUGCCCCUAGGGGCGACAGGCAAGCCAUCUCUGUCGUGGUCGACUGCCUAGUAGACGACCCGUUCCAGGGUGUCCGGCGAGCUGCCGUGGAUACGCUGGGCAUGAUCGGAGAGAAGGGGGACCAGCAGGUGAUCUCCAAAGCGGGUCGCCGCCUGGAGAACAAGAACGAUGAGUUCAUCAUGAGCGUUGCAGCAGCUCUCGAACAGCUUCGGGGCCUCUGAGCUUCGAGGAGCAAAACAACAUUCAU